GGCGGCUGUGGGGUAUAUAGGGCGGUGGCCGCUGACGGCGUCAUGUUCCCCUUCAACAGCUCGCCAUGAAGACCUGGAUUCUCGUCGCCGCCCUCGUGGCCGUCCUUGUUUCCGUGGCUAGUGCCAUGCCCCAGCCGGAGGCUGAGCCUGGCUUCCGCGGCGGCUUUGGCCACGGAGGCUUCGGCGGCGGGUUUGGUGGCGGCUUCGGCGGCUACGGAGGAUACCGCGGAAAGAGGAGCGCCGAAGCUGACCCUGACCCAGGCUUCCGUGGCGGCUUUGGCCAUGGCGGCUUCGGUGGCGGUUUUGGCGGUUUCGGCGGCUACGGAGGAUACCGCGGCAAGAGGAGCGCCGAGGCUGACCCUGAGCCAGGCUUCCGCGGCGGCUUUGGCCACGGCGGCUUCGGUGGUGGUUUUGGCGGCGGCUUCGGUGGGUACGGAGGAUACCGCGGCAAGAGGAGCGCAGAGGCUAACCCUGAGCCAGGCUUCCGUGGCGGCUUUGGAGGCUUCCAUGGAGGCUUCGGUGGCUUCGGAGGAGGACAUGGCGGCUUUGGUUACGGCAAAUGAAGGGAACAUCGUUUGUCUUAUAUGGUGUUUCGCUUCUACGACCGAUAAAUUUUACUUGCAGUAAAAGAUAAACAAAAACAAUCCCAAGGAAGAUAAACCUUUCCUUUAGUGCUUGUAUUUCCUCCUGCUAAGAAAUAAAAUUGCGAAGCUGC